AUGGAGUCCGGGCAGUCAUCGUGGAGUCCCACACAGCACUGGGAACCACGAGCCACAGCUGUCCUGGCCCAGCAGGCUGCAGUUCAGCAGGACACACCGAGCCUGAGUCGCCCUGCCAGCCGCCAGCCCGGAGAGCCAGGCUCCAGUGCACCAGAGGCUCCACUGCAGACAGAUGCCAGAGGCACUGAUGGUGCUGGGGCCCUCGGGACCCAGCCAAGUGCCAGGGACUGCCACCUGGGCCACUUGAGGUCCCUCUCCCCGCAAGCGCUGCAGGCCUUCAAGAGAGCCAAGGAUGCCUUGGAACAGUGCCCCUUGCUGAAGGAGGCAAAGUGCAGCUCCCACCUCUUCCCCAAGGCCUGGGACCUGAGGAAGCUGCAGGUGUGGGAGCGCCCCGAGGCUCUGCGUGCUGAGCUGGACCUGACGCUGAGGGUGCUGGGCUCUGUGGCUGACCCCACCCUGGGGGACAUCCUGGACCAGCCGCUCAGCACCCUGCGCCACAUCCACUCCCAGCUCCAAGCCUGUGCCCAGACUGAGCCCUCAGCCAGCCCCAGCCCCCACAGCCGCCGCCUGUCCCACUGGCUGCACAGGCUCCAGGCCGCCCUGAAGCAGGAGUCUCCAGGCUGCCUGCUGGCAUCUGUCACCUUCAACCUGUUCCGUCUCCUCACCCUGGACCUGAGCUGUGUUGCCAAGGGACCCCAGUGCGCAUGA